GUCAGGUGUCUCUUCACUCAUCCAUCAGAGUGCUCUUUGUUUCAGUCUGAAUAUUUAAGUAUAGGACUGGAAUUAUUGAGAAAAAUGACUACAACAGCUGGUGAAAGUCAUUAAAGUUGUUGUUGAUAAGUGCGAGCUGUUUCACGAAUAAAAGGAGGUGACAAUCUUUUCUAAGGAAAAAGAUAGAGCUUAAAUAAUCAAGAAAAUCUCUGUUUUAAAUCUCAACUAUGACUCCGAAGUGGCGGCGUAGAAGCGCCUUCAGCUACGCGACUUUCCUCGUCGCCAUCCUCCCCUGGCUCUGGUGGAUGAGCGCAUCCGACAACGGGACGAAAAUUAAGGGCCUCGCACUAAACCCUGGCAGCUUCCAUAGCUUGUCGAGUCACGCAAGGCUGUCCUCAACAAUGCAUGAUUUCCAUCACAACGAGAAGGCAAAUGAUGUAAACCGAAAAACCAAGCGAUCACUUCAACAGCUGGCAAAAUUGUCCUCUGAGAAUUCGUCGUCUAUCGAACUUGGGUCCAGGCAACGUGAGAACGAGAUAUCAAGUUCUAACGGCAAUGUGGCAGAGAAACCGCUCACUUGGCUACAAAUUAUUCAGGCUGAACUGCAGGCUAGACCCGAAGACCUGGUCAAGGAACGUGUUCUCGUGAGCCCCGGCAUAACUUCUCCUACUACGAAAGAAGAAAACCAGCUAAAACGCAUUCUGUUUUGGAAUCAUGAAACUUUCUACUUCGGCGUGGGGCGAGAUCCAUUCCUGCGUGCCGGCUGCCCAGUGAACAGCUGCUACAUCACCACCAACCGCAAUGAGGUGCCCUACCAGGAGCUUGAUGCUCUCGUCUGGAUCCCCCUUGCAGAAGACAGAAGCUUUCCUCCCGUCCGGUCGCCGCACACUCGCUACGUCUACUAUCUGUGGGAGUCUCCGCUCACGGCGGGCGUCAACACAAAUGAAUUAGAAAAAAUCAAGGGCGUCUUCAACUACACCAUGACUUAUCGAAGGGACUCUGACAUCUUCAACCCGUACGGAAGUUUCAUUCGUCUCGAGACACAUCGAACGCACCUUCGAAACAAGGACUACGCGCGCGGCAAAACCAAACAAGCGGCGUGGUUCGUGUCGAAAUGUGGCGCCGUGAAUAGCGGCAGAGCCACUUUAGGGCAGGAACUCGAGCGCUAUAUAUCGGUGGACAUCUAUGGCGCUUGUGGGACGAUGAAUUGUCAAAAGACCGAUCAUGACUACUGUUAUGGACGAGCUGCUGCGAUGUAUAAAUUCUAUCUCAGUUUUGAGAAUUCAUUGUGUGACGACUACAUUACUGAAAAAUUCUUCUUAACUAGUAGGUACGACAUCCUGCCGGUGGUGUACGGUUUGGGCGCGUAUGAGGAGACCGCACCGCCGCACUCUUUCAUCAAUGUCUUCGACUUCCCCAGCGUCCGCCACCUGGCAGACUACCUCAUCUACCUCGACAAAAAUGACACCGCUUAUAACGAGUACUUUCAGUGGAAAAUCAAUUAUGAGGCCGUGAAUAGUGAGACAAACUUCUACACCCACAACAAGAGCGUGUCUUGGUGUCAGCUCUGCGAGAAACUCCACACAGACAAGGAGGUCAGAAUCCACACAGAUCUACACGAGUGGACCAGCCCCUCUCCCAGCUGCUUAUCCUUCACUCAAGGAGCCGUCGACAAAUUCCUGAAAGGGGAAAACGCAUCCAACCUUGCGUGAGGGAAUGUUUUUAGUUCUUAGCGCUUCUGUUCGAAAUAUGCCACGAGAGAUGGGACUACAUGUAUAAGUAAUCUGUA